CCUCGGGCAGCUCAGCAUCUCUUCCCUUUCCCUGUCAUCAGCUGACUUGUGUGGACCGGUGGGGCAUAGAAGCCCCGGGAUAUGAUGGAGGGCAAUAAAGAUGAGGCGCAGCGCUGUGUGCGAAUCGGGCGAGAGGCGCUAGCGGCAGGAGAUCAUGAGAAAGCACGAAAAUUCAUAGAGAAAGCGGGUAGACUGUAUCCGAGCAAAGAGGCCCGUGAAUUGCUAGAGGGGCUUUCAAAACAUGAUGGCUUUACUGGAAAUGGAGCACAGAAUGGAAAAACACCAAGUGGUCCAGAACAAAGCAAAACCAGCACAGAGAGAGAAUCUGGAUCUGGGGAAUCUGCAAAGGGUUUCACCAAAGACCAGACUGAAGGGGUACACAGGAUAAAGAAGUGUAAAAACUACUAUGAAGUUUUAGGUGUGAGUAAAGAUGCUGGGGAUGAAGAUCUAAAGAAGGCCUACCGAAAGCUAGCCCUGAAAUUUCAUCCUGACAAAAACCAAGCACCUGGAGCAACGGAAGCUUUUAAAAAAAUUGGAAAUGCUUAUGCAGUCUUGAGCAAUCCAGAAAAACGACGACAGUACGACUUGACUGGAAAUGAGGAACAAGUUCAAAACAUAAACAAUGGCAAUUUUGACUUCCAUAGAGGAUUUGAAGCAGACAUAACUCCUGAGGAUUUGUUUAAUAUGUUCUUUGGUGGAGGGUUCCCAACAGGUAGUGUGCAUUCAUAUGCCAAUGGCCAUACUAGGUUUAAUCAUUACCAGCAGCAGCAUCGCAGUGGCCAUGAGAGAGAAGAUGAAAGGGGAGAUGGCGGAUUUUCAAUGUUUAUCCAACUGAUGCCUAUAAUUGCAUUGAUCCUUUUAUCGUUACUUAGUCAAUUAAUGGUCUCCAAUCCACCAUAUAGUUUAUAUCCUCGAUCUGGUACAGGUCAAACUAUUAAACGUUUUACAGAAAACCUUGGUGUUACCUAUUAUGUGAGCAAGGACUUUCAGUCUGAAUAUACGGGCUUGUUGCUACAAAAAUUAGAAAAGAACAUUGAAGAGGAUUAUGUAGCUAAUGUACGGAAUAACUGUUGGAGAGAGAGACAACAAAAAUCAGAUUUAACACACGCUGCUAAAGUAUACAGGGAUGAAAGAUUAAGAUUAAAAGCAGAAUCCAUAUCCAUGGAAAACUGUAAAGAACUUCAACGACUAACCGCAAUCUACAAAGGAGGAUGAAUCUGAGAACUUGUCCAUAUGAAGAUAUUUUUUUUUUCCCCUUAAAGAAAAAAAAACAAACUGUAGUUCUAUUAUGGUUUUACAGAAGAGGUCUGUGUACCAUAUUUUGAAUUGACUCUUCUUAACAAAAAUGAAGAUCACAAAACUCAUUUUUAAUAGUAAUUUUGUUGGUUUCCAUUGAAAGUGUAGAUAAUUAUUGAGGCAGAGUACAACUUAUGAAAAAGCAAGUGUUUGCAAUUACAUAAUUUCUCAGAAUUCCUGUGGCGUGUAAAUAUUUCACCAAUUUGUUUUGUAUAUAAGAUAUUAUAUUGUACAUUCCUUCAUCUGUCAUAUUGUUUUUAUUCUAAAUAUACACAGAUAAACAGUUUAAUGAUAAUCCACAUAUGUAGUAACUGAUGAGAAAAGUGAGAUCAAGAAUCAGAAUCAGUGAAUAGUAAUAUCAAUGGGUGCAGUAAAUUAAAACCGUGGAAACAGGACAUCAAAUACCAAACCCUUUUGUUAACAUUCCUUUGCUUUUUGUUAAAGACAAAAUGCAAGGUGCAAACAUACAGAUAUUUUAUGUUCCAUUCCAUGCAGAUAUUUUACAUUCCAUUUUAGAAUAAUAUGUAAAACUAUUGUUACAAAUAUAUAUUAUCAUUCUGAGCCAGAUAGACUGUUAUACCUAGUUUUGAAUAGUGAUGCACCGAAAUGGAAAUUCUGGACCGAAUCCGAAAAUCCGGGAUGCACUUGGCCGAAAACCCGAAACUAAUACCGAAAAUGUAUUUUUUCAAAUUAUUUUCAAAUUUCUUUUUUUUAGUUUUUUUUGCAUAAUUAGAGCCAAUAAAAAAAAGCCCACACUUUUAUUGAAAGUAACACACUAAAAUAUCUUAAAACAAUAAUAUGCUACACAAUAAUUUUACCAAGAAAAAAAAAAAAGGCAAAAAAUAAUGCAAUUUUCGUCUAAAAUGUUUCUGCGACCAAAAUUUUGGUGCAUCCCUACUUAAAACAAUUAUAAAUGUCAAUAUACUGUAUUAUUCUUCAUUUAGUUCUAUGUAACAAUCAUAUUUAACAGUUUUUUUUUUACCAAUUAUCCAAAUAAAGUAUAAUCCUAGAAAACUCAUAUGCAGGACAGUAAGUCAAGUAAUAAACCUAAACAGCAGCUCUAGGCUAGCAUCAAAUUUGAAACAUGCUACACAAUAAUUUUACCGAAAAUAACAGGCAAAAAAACCCGAAAACCGAAAUAGCCAAAAAUGCCAUUUUCGGCUGAAACUUUCUGCGGCCGAAAUUUCGGUGCAUCCCUAGUUUGGAAGGAUUGGUGUUAUGGAGUUGUAUAUAGUCAUUUCUUAUCCUGCAUACUGUUAGUAGGGUCGAUAUCCUCAAAAUACUGACAGAUUUUGAAUUAAACUAAUAUAAAAUUUAAAAAAAGGCUUCAUUAAAGGGAAAGUAUACACCAAUUUUCAUAAAACUGCAUGUAAUAGACACUACUAUAAAGAAUAAUAUGCACAGAUACUGAUCUAAAAAUCCAGUAUAAAAGCUUCCAGUUUAGCGCUGGUAAAAAGGUAGUUGGAACACCCACUGCAAGUGGGGAAAAGCAGACACUCCUCCCUUCCUUUGCAUAUGAAAAUACUCUUUACACAAACAGAAUGAAGCUGGAGUAGGUAUACAUCGGUAUUCUCCUAAAACUUUGGGGCUUUGCUUCAGAGCAAUGUUAUUUAAAAAUAAGCAACACCUAUACAUUAAAAAAAAACAAAAAAAAAACUGUAUGGGCUAUAUAAAUGGAUCAUCUGCAAAACAUUUAUGCAAAGAAAAAUCUAGUGUAUAAUGUCCCUUUAAUGCUGGUCUGACACCAUGUUCUUUUUUUUUUUUUUUUUGCAGACAAUAUAAAAUAAACCAUGUUUUAUGACCGGAGGGAAAGCAAUACUCUGGUUCCUUCAGAACGUACACAAUAAUGUGAUUAACAAUUCAGAUUUUAAAUUUUUACACUGCAAUUGACUAUGCUAAAAUGUGAAACUUAGGAGCUUUUUGCACAGAAAGAAAAAGUAUGUAUUAGUUUGUUUAUUAGGGUACCAGUGAUUGUCUCCAAAGACUGGCCCUCAAUUGUAUGUAGACAAUUAUGAAUUCCUGUGUAUUAUAUUCCAAGAUCUUUUUAAACUGUCACAGCAGGCUUGUGAAUAAUCCAUUUUGUUUGCCAGACUUAAUAUAUCUGUUCUGUGCCUUUCCUCUUUAUUUGUGUAUGCAAUUUGUUAUUUUGCAUCUCAUUUCUGUUUUACAUCUGCUUAGUUCAUUUUCCCCACGGUUUUUUUUUUUGUUUGUUUUGUUUAAAGUAAAGCUAUUUUUUUAAUUACCACAAAAAAAAUUUUUUCCUACUUUAUUAUUCCAGAUACCAGUAUUUCUCAUAAAUUAAAUGUAAACAUUUCUUCCUCAUAAGGCUUUGCGCUUCAUGUAAUUACACAUUUCUGUGGAUUGGAAAAAUCCAUUGGAGUUUGAGGCCGUGUAAGACUGAAAGGUCUAAAAGUGACAUCAAUAUUUUGAUCAUGCAUUCUACAUUUUACAAAGCUUUUUUUUUUUGUUGCUUUUUUUUCAUUGGACAAUUCUAAAUGGAAACUUUGCAAUAGAUCAUUGGAAAGGACUGUGCUCCAGAAAGUCAUCUCCUUUUGAGUUUUUAACUCAUUUCAAGUGCACAAAUCACUGAAUAUUCUACCUGAAAUAACAGAAGAACUGAGCAAUAAAACAGUAAUGGGAACUUAAAUGCAAAAGAUAGUCCUAAAACACAUUGUGGACUUAUAUUUUUUUAUUUUGUUAUGCUUCAUAGGAGAUUUUAUUUGCAAAUAUAUUUUAAACUUUGCUUUUGUAGGUGAUAAAAAUCUAAGCCAUCUGUAUCCCAUUAGUAUUGUGUUAUGAAUAGUUUCAGGACAAGCACAUUAUAAUAUCUGGCUAAGAAGACUGUCUUUGUGAUUGCCAUACAAACUAGUUAAAGGAUAUUUUUUCUCAUGACUUUUGAUUAUGACCAUAAUGAUUUAGUUAUCUAAUUGUCAUUGGUCUUGAAGAGCUUAUGUUUUAAUAUAGGCUACCUAAUGACAUUCACUUCAUUUGUGGUCAAGUAUAUAGUGAGUUUGUUUGUUGCUUGUAGUCUAGGGAAGUAUUUCUCAACAGUAGUCCUCAUGGACGCCACAAAUACCAGAUUUCAGUGGCCCAGUCUUUGUGAUUUGAUAAACAUGUGCUCAGGUGGCAAACUCAUUUAAAUCUGAAUUGGUGGUCAAAGGACAGCAAGUCAGCCUUGAAGAAUAAUUUUCAUUUUAAAUUCCUUAAACUAUAGUGACUAAAUUACCUUCUUAAAAUGUACUGAUCUGAUGAUCUUUCUAUUUAUCUACAAUUACCUAUCCAAUAGAACAGUGCAUCAUAAAAUAUACUUUCCAAGCUCAAAAUAAGUUCUUAUGUAUUUGAUAAUCUUUAAAGAUGGAAAAUAAAUUUGGAUGAAUGCCAUUAGGAAGCCCUUUAGAUUUGUACACUAAGUUCUCACAUUUCUAACUUUAGAUCCUUAUAUUUUUGAUAAAGAUAGUUUAUUAAAGAACUUCCCUAAUUUGUGCAUACUUGGUUAAUGUAUUUUGCAAUCGCUUUGCUUCUGUACCACAAUAAAAAUAUUAUAUUACCAGUGUCUCUUGUACAGAGGUCAAAGAUCUCAUUUAUGUGAAUUAUUAUUUUAAGUAAUAUGUCAUCCAACAUGGUAUGUUUAACAGUAAGUAUAGACAUACUCCUUACAUUAAGGAGUAGUUAAUUUAUUGUAAAAUCUGUUUUUAUAUUUUUAUUUUUUUCUUGGCAGCAUUUCUUGGUUUUGGUAUUUUUGAUCACAGAUCACAUAUUGAAGCUGUUGGUACUGUAUUGACUUCCAUGACUUUCAGUGGAUGCCUCAAAUCCUAUAAUUGUAUAAUAAAUCCAAGGCUUUCUUUAGCAGGGUUUAUGUGAAAUUCCUAAAGUAGCCCUCUUACCUUUUUAAAUGCAUCAAAUAUUUAUUUUCUAAUAAAUAAUGUUCAAAGUACUUUAUAAUUGUAUUUACCUUGACAAUUAAUUUGCAUAAAUCUUAGUGAAUGUUAAUAAGCCUACUGGGAGUUUAAAACAUGUUUUUUUUUUAAUUUAUUUAAUGUAAUGAAUACCAGUCAAAUGUCUAAAUAAAAUUAUUUUCAUGUGAAAUUGGUUUGUUAUUGAUAUAAUUGUUUUUUUACAUACAGCUCAGUUAGCUCUACCCACUGUAUAUUGAUGUCCGUAAUUUGUAUGGAGGUACUGCUUAGAUAGAAAAUCUUAAACUUUUACACUGGGAGUUUUAUCCUAUGAAUAAACAUACUGCAUCCAA